AUGGGUUCCGCAACGCUAGAAAGACGCCUUGAUAUCGAUCCCGAACGUAUCGGUCGCCCAAGACUUGACCCCCACGAAAGACUUCUUUGUCGAUUUUACGAACCGCUGUUCCUUUUGAAUGCACUCGGACAGACUCGUGGCAACCAUACAACCACAUCUUUUGAGCUUGAUAGGGGCCGAGCUCAGGUCCGACGAUUUCUUCAAAAUCUUUGUUUUAUAUGCGACUUCAAAAAAGGCGGAAGCGCAUGCACCGCAAUAGGUCUGGAGGAGCUCGAUACGUGCUAUAAUUUCUGUAUCGCUUCCAACAGGGAGACCGGUAAAAUCGCCGCAUUUCUCAAAACCUCCCUUGGUAUUUUGAAAUCUGGGGCGCACCUCACUGCAGCAGAUGACGAUCGCGAAGAAUCUAGAUUCUUACACCUGUGCCUUGAAUUUGCUGCUGAUCGUAUCGAAGGUGAGAGAAAAUGUCUCUGCAAAAGUAUCAAAGACUGCCUCUCUACGCUGCACGAACAAUCGUCGGGAUGCGAUUCCAAGCUCAUUGAGUGGUUGGAGGUGGCCAUGAAUUUGGAUGACCAUGUUCAGCUAUGCAUUUUUGCGUAUGAGACGCGUCAUUCAGAUCGAGUUGCCGAGCUUUCUGAGCGGGGCAUGAACGAAGAGAAACGGCUUGGCCCUGCAAGCAAACGCUCGUCAUUUCUCUUACUAAUAGACGACAUGAAGGACCUCAGUCAUCUUCUUGAGAGUCAUACAGUCUAUGCUAUUGACGCACUAUCCGCUGCACCUCCGCCUACUCGUGACUCGCACGUUAAUCUUCGGGGCAUUCUGAACCGAAUGUUCAAAAAAAGCGACCAGGAAAGGUCAAAGGUCAAAAAUGGUCUUCUUUACUUGGACAAAGUAGGCGGCGUCUUCGAAAAGUUCUUGCUUCCAUAUGAGCGUUGCUCCCCCGAAGUCCAUGCUGAGGUUCAGGUGUUGGACCACUUUCACAAGAUGCGAAAAUCCUUUGCAGGUGACGACUGUUUCGUCGCUUGUAGCAAGCCAGCGUGUUUUUGCUGCGAAAUGUACUUCAAAUAUCAUCCGGCCCGCGCUACGCUAUCUUAUUCUCAUCACAAGAUUUGGACAAAUUGGAGUCCUCCAAAUUUGAAUACUUUCGACGGCGACAACCCGACAUACACGCAACAGAGGGAUAUACUGAACCUGAUGACCAAUGAGCUGCGCGAGCAAGUCAUUACCCAGGUUCUGCAACGCUUACCAUCGAAUCGUUGGCACCCUGACUCAAUGACGAACAUCACCAGUAUUCGAUGCCCUGAUGUGACUUCCUUGGGGCUAGAAGUCCCCAACGCGGGAAAUACAAAGACCCCAGCCAUCAUAGAUUUGACAAGUUGUCCGAAAAGCUAUAACAGACCGCCCGAGACAGCAUUCCCCUUGCCCUUGAACGAAGAUGCAAGCUUCAAUGAUACGUCUGACGCAGAAAAUGGUGGGGUCUCUCUCUUUGAUUAUUGUCCAUCAACCUGCACCUAG